UUCAGGACUAGUUCUGAAGAAAUGAAAGAUGAUGACAUGAAAAACUGAAACUAUUUUGUUGCGCAGCAUUUUAUUGAAAGUCCUUAAAGACAAUGCAGACAUGGAUGUUGCGAACCCCAUGACAGGGUUGGCCUUGAUUCCCAAAUGACGACUGCCACUGCCUGUUUGUAAACAGUGUGGUUGAGAGGUGGAGAAAAGCAUGGUUGUUGCCGUCUUGUGACGCUCGUCUUGGGAUAAACGACACCAAUGAAAGCCUGAUUCGGAUUCUCUGUGGAGAAUGAGAAGAGGAGGGGGUGCCUGACAUACUGUCAAUUCCGCAAGUAUGGCGCUUUCUCAUCAGCAGCCUGCCUGUAUGCUUUGUUUUGAACUCAAAAGUCGCCGUCUCAUCAGACCCCAUGAGGGCGGACGGCUACGCACCGUGAGCUAAUUGUGUCGACUCGAUGCCUAAACAUGGCGAAGCGGUGAAAUAAAAAGCACCCCUGGUGCUGUCAUGGAGGUGGGCGGGCUCCCAAUGGAGCUUUGGAGGGUUAUCUUAGCCUACCUGCCUCUCGCCGACCUGGGCCGCUGCUGCCAGGUGUGCCGAGCCUGGAGGGAGUUGGUCCUCUCUCUGGACAAUACCCGCUGGAGGCAGUUGUGCCUAAGCUGCCCUGAGUGCAGACACCCCAACUGGCCCAGUAAGCCUCACCUGGAGCCUCCAUCCUGGAGGGAAGCCCUGAAACAACAUGCUCUGGCCACCCGCACCUGGACUCAGAAUGGACCUGAGCACCAGUCGACUGCCUGCCUCCUUUUAUUCAGGCGUAGGAAAGACCGCAGGGUUUGGCAUGUGGGGCCGGGUUUUGAGUUUGAGACACUUCGAGGAGCUCUUGGGGUCGCGGGGCCCUAUGAUCGAUUGGUUCUCCACCCAGGGGUGUAUGAAGAGCAGGCUGAAGUGGCCCUCAAGGUUCCUGUGGAGCUGUUUGGACUUGGCAGGCUGGGUGAGGUCACCCUACUGGUGUGUAUGGAGCAGCAAUGCCCUACUGCGAGGCUGUGUAAUUUGGUUUUCAUGCCACCUUGGUUCUCCACAGUGGUCUACAAGACAUCAUGGGGUCAUGUCCAACUGGAUAACUGCAACUUUGAGGGGGCUCAGCUGCAAGUUCGCGGUCCCGGAAGUUGCCAGGCACGCUUUUGCUCCUUCUCCAAAGGCAGCUCUGUGCAUUUGGUCAAUGUGGCCCUCAGCUUACUGGACAGCUGUGACUUUUCUGGGAGCGAUGCAGCUUCAGUAACAGUGGAAGGUUCUCCAGUGUCUGAAAAAAACUGGGCUUGUAAAUAUAUGGCUGCCCUGGCAAGGACAUUUUCACCGUGUGGGCGCAAUUAUAGUGUCCCGUACAGAGGGAACACCACUGGCAGAGCUUUUUCUAAUGCUGUUCUUACAAAGGAGCAUGUAAGUAAGGACGACUUGCAGAGGGAAAAUGGAUCGGAAGCAACUAAUCAGGGCACAGUGAUUGAAGAUGGAUGGAGUGAUGGUGAGAUUGAGGGGUGCAAAGAGGGCGGAAUCACCAAAAACUCGUUUUCAAUGGAUUAUAAAAUCCCAUGUGACAACCAUGGACUGGCCUACUUACUGAAGCCCCAUGCAGAUGGCUCCUUGCCAUUCUCAUCUUCACCAAAUCCCCCGAGUGUGACUCCAGAACCUCUCACUCUUCAGCAGGAACUGGACCGGGACCCUGAUGCUCAGAUGUUUCUGUCGUCGACUCUUGGCUGUCUGGUCCAGCGUUGUCUCUUCCGGGAAGGCAAGGGAGGAGUCCAUAUAUCCAACUACGGACAAGCUCGACUGGAGGGCAACGUUUUCCGCUGUCUGAACUACGCCGUCAGAUGCAUCCAGAACUCCAUUAUAGUGAUGCUGCAAAAUGAGGUGUUUGAGUGCAAAGCGUCAGGCGUGUUUCUGCGGCUGUCGGCCCAGGGUCUUAUUGCCGAAAAUGACAUCCACUCAAAUGGGGAGGCAGGGCUAGACAUCCGGAAAGGAGCCAACCCCAUAAUUGUGUGUAACCGAAUACACAGUGGCUUGCGCUCUGGGGUUGUCGUGCUAGGGAAGGGAAAAGGCUCACUUCGGAGCAACCGAAUCUAUAACAACAAAGAAGCAGGCCUGUACAUCCUCUUCAGUGGGAAUCCUGUGGUCUGUGGAAACCACAUCUUACAAGGGCAGGCAGCAGGGAUUGCUAUAAAUGAGAACGGCAGAGGAAUCAUAACAGAAAAUGUCAUCAAGGAAAACCAAUGGGGAGGUGUAGAUAUUCGCAGAGGAGGUGAUCCAGUUCUGAAGAAUAACCACAUCUGUCAUGGAUACUCUGAUGGCAUUGUGGUGGGAGAACGAGGCCGUGGACUCAUUGAGGGAAACCACGUCUACUGCAACAAAGGUUGCGGUGUUUGGGUUAUGUCUUCCAGCCUCCCACAGCUCCUCAGAAACUACAUCACCCAUAACUGCAUGUAUGGCCUAGCUGUGUUCUGCAGGAAGGAUCCUGAAAAUAUCGAAGCCAGGGAGGGGAACUGGCCGGCACACGACGGGAUCGGUGGUGACGAUAGCGCUGACAGACGGGCUGUUGUAGAGGAGAACGAGAGGGAAGAACAGGAAAAUCUACAUGAAGAGGGGGAUAUCUUUGCAUGGGAAAGUGACCUGGAUAGUGAGGAUGAACGCCACUCAGCACGCCGCUCCAUCAGUGUGGCACUGGUGGAGAACAACUGCAUGAGCUUUAAUGGAGCUGUAGGUCUUUAUGUUAAAACCAGUGAACCACUCAACAUUUAUGCCAACCUCGUCAAUGCUAACAAGGGCGUUGGCGUUUCCGUGCUACAGAGCAGUCAUCUGACCCGCUUGGUUGCCAACUGUAUUCUUGCAAAUGUCCGAGGAGGCGUUACUGUUGAGACGGACUCCCGCGUCGAGCUUCGUAAUAAUGGCAUAUAUGAAAAUAAGGGCCACGGUAUCAACUUCUAUGGGAUCGGACAAAUGGUUGAGAAUGACGUUGUUGGAAACACUGGCUACGGGAUCCAAGUGUCUGGAAGCUGUGACGUCAAGGUUGUGCGCAGCCGUGUUCAACCAGCACUGGGUUCUGGAAUCGCAAUACUGGGACCAGCAAAAGCAGUGGUUACUGAUAACCAGCUGUUCCAGGGCCACCCAGAGAGCAAAAAAAGCCUUUUAUACUUGGACCCCGGCAACGACAACUGCGUCUUACGCAACAACAGUAUUUCAAGACAUAAUAGCAGCUGUACAUCUUUCCCUCCUUGGAUUCUGGAAAACCCUCCACCCCGUCCCCCAGCUAGCUCACCUUCAGGCCUUUCCUCCUCACAGUACCCGUCACGACUGGGCAUCUCCAUGACAACCAGGAUUAGUGCCACCGUAGAGAGCGGUUGCCACAGUGGCAGCAUGUUCUGUUCUAUCCUGUGAUAAAACUCUGAAGUAUUUUUUUAUUAUUAACAUUUUAAGGAUGACUUUGCCAAGAGUUCUGAAAUUGUGACAUGUGCUUUGGUUGUACUUGCUAAAAAUAUUGUCCAUUAAGAAAAUAUUUAGAACCAACAAUUUAGUCCACUCAAAAUGAUAUUUUUAUCUAAAUGGUGAUGCUGGUGAAUCUCCUUGUUCUCAUAUACAGAUUAACUUCAGUCUCUCUUGAAUCAUUUCUUGGGAAAAAAAAAAAUUGGUUCAUAUCAGAGCAAGAAUCUUAUCUUUUGUUUCUCACAGCUCUCUAUGAAAUGAAAUCCUAAACUGACUUCUUACGAAUCGGUUAUUUGUGGACUCUUUCAUUUUAUCACAGAAGAAAACAUCAAUGAAUUAAAUCUUUUGGUUCAUGUUUUUGUAUUGAUACUGUAAACUGCUUGAAUAGUGUGUAAGCUAAAAUUGGCACUACAGAAUGUAGCCGGAUGGUCAAAUCAGCUUUGUUCACUUGUCUUUAAAUAUUACAAAAGUUUACAAAGAUUUUCCGUCACUAUUUAUUGCUUUGUUUAUAUUAACACCUCCAUGGUUUGUGUUCUGCCCUGCAUUUAUCCAUUAAGGAAGUUGGAAGUAGUAUAUUGUCUAGAUUACGUCUGUCAAAAAUCACAGUAAGGAUCCAGUUUUAAUUUUUUCUUUUUCAUUCAAAGAAGUUCUGUAAUUUUGCAUGUUCUACCAGUGUUGAAAAACAUUCAUUCAAACUCCAAAAGAGAUGUUGCCUUAAAUAUUCUACGAUGUAAAGCUGUGCCUUGUUUGAAGAUUUUGAGUAAUGGCAGCUGGAAGGUGAGCUUUGAAAAAGUCUCUUUAAUACAUCUUGAUAAUCAUCAUCUCCUUGUGAGUCUAUGCUCCUCCAACCAAACACUUCUUUCCACAGACGCACAGGUGAUAAUCACCUUACGAGGGUAGAUGUUGUUCAUUGUGCAAUAUGUGACGUCGACUAAUGUGCCUAUACGUUUACACCCAUUUUAAGCUAUAUGUACUGUUAUCUGAAAUGCAGUAUCUUUACAUUAAUCUUUGCAUCUGUCAGAGCAACAACUGUGCAACAUUUAAAACAUUUUCACUUUAUUUGUUCACAAAAUAAACUUGUCAUCUUUGCCGGU